AGAAGCACUGCAUGUACAUUAACAGUUGUGGAUGCUUUAGUUGGCGCUAAGCAGGAGAAAAAAAAACUCCACAUCCCUUUUUUGUGCCUAUCUCUGCAUGUAUGUGUGAGUCUGUGAUUGUGUGUUUGUGUGCAUGUGUGUUUGUUUCCAGCUCUCACCAGGUUGGGUGCGUUAUACUGAGGGCUUCCUGCUGCAUCCAUCUGCCUGAAACUAAAAAGCGCCGAGCUGUCACUGCACAUUGCAGGGUUUGAAAAGAGACAGUGAAGCUGGUGGAAACAACCCCUUGACCCUCUCAGGACAACAAAGGCAGCUCCUCACACACUUGAACCACAGCAGAGCAGCAAGCUUUCAUCAGACUCAUGACUGUUUGAGGGGACGCGGACCCACCGUGGCCCAUGCACUGUACCCGUUUCCCUCCCUGUCCUCCUUAUUCCUCAAGCUGACGCAAAACCCCAGACACCUCCCCCCCCUCCCCCACCCCCAUCCCCACUCCCACCCUGUCCCCAGCGACUCGCCACCUCCCAACAUGGCGUCCGGCACAGAGACCGUGCACUACAUCCACCUUCAUAACUCCAGCCAGUCAGUGCUGGAAGCCCUGCGCACGCAGCGGCGCGAGGGCCUCUUCUGCGAUGUGACAGUGCGGAUACAUGAUGCUUCGCUACGUGCCCACGCCUGCGUCCUGGCAGCUGGCAGCCCCUUCUUCCAGGACAAGCUGCUGCUGGGUCACUCUGAAAUCUCUGUGCCACCGCUGGUGCCCGCCGAAACCGUGAAGCAGCUUGUGGAUUUCAUGUACAGUGGCUCGCUGGUGGUGUUGCAGUCACAGGCCCUCUGCAUCCUCACUGCUGCCAGCAUCUUGCAGAUCAAGACGGUCAUUGACGAGUGCACCCAGAUCAUCUCUCAGAGGAAGGCAGCGGCAGGGGCGGCGAGUGCAGCUGCAGCAGCGGCGGCAGCGGCAGCAGCAGGAGGAGGGUUGCUUGGAGGAGUUCUCCCUAAACAAGAAGAACGUGGCGGGGGGAAAGGGAGAGAGAGUGGUGGCAGCGGAAGCUGUUCUGUUGGUGCAGGUGGGGGUGGAGGCUACGCAAACUUCUCCAACUUCAUGGCAGAAUGUGGGGCGAAUAACAUGGGAGGGGGAUUGGGGGGUGCCAACGUUAGUGUCAGUGAGAGCGGCCAAGGCCCUAUGGAGCAAGCUAACACAGUGAGUCUGAUGGCACUGGGUGACAUGGGCCCCGGCUCCAUGUGCGGCGGCGACGGACUGGGCUCCGGGGCUGGCACAAUCCUCAUGAAGCAGAGCCCCAGCUGUACUCAGGAUGUCAGGUACAAGCUCCGAGACCUGUUGGCGCAGACGGCCAACGGAGCCAGCACUAGUAGCACAGGGAACCUCUCAGCGGGCUGCAGCUCCGGUGUGGGCAGUGUGGACAGCAUCGGCAGGGACAGCCUCCGCGGCAACACAACUGACCUCUCUGAUGACCUGGUGGGGAUGGACCGAUACAGCGAGGAGGAGGACUUGGACGGGAGAGAGCGGGGAAGAGACGGAGACAGAGACAGGGGGGCGAGCCACAGCCGCAAGCAGAGGCAGCCGCUAAGACUCCAGGUGCUGGGAGGAGAAGGAGUGGUGGUGAAAGAUGAAGGGGUCCAGGACCCAGAUGGGACCGUCUAUGCCUUGGAGGACGGGAGACGAGACGGAGAACAAGAGGGCUCCCAGGAAUCCAUGGCAGGCUUUGGACAGGAUUUCUACGAUGAGCAGGGGGUGUUUUCGGAGAGUUUCUGGCCCCAGAGUGAGUCCCCCCAGACCAUGGCUUUCAACCCCAGAGGAAGGGUCAACAAGCCUAUGACUCCGCCUCCAACCACACAGUCCAUCAACAACCAGCUUCUCUUCCAGUACCCAGUGAGCCAGUCGCAGCCAGCUCCGUUCUAUGUGGGCGGGCCCAUGGGUGGGAUCGACAGCAUGGCGGGGACGGAGCCCAGUCAGCAGCCCCCGCCUCCUGCACCGAUGACCCCAGCUCCGCCUCCCUCUGCCUCCUCCUGCUCUGCAGGCCCCUCCCCUUCCUCCCAGGGAUCUGAGACCUCGUUCGACUGCACGCACUGUGGCAAAUCUUUACGUUCCAGGAAGAACUACAGCAAGCACAUGUUCAUCCACUCCGGUCAGAAACCUCAUCAGUGCUCCAUCUGCUGGCGCUCCUUCUCCCUGCGCGACUACCUCCUCAAACACAUGGUGGUGCACACUGGCGUCAGGGCCUUCCAGUGCUCCAUGUGCGGCAAGCGCUUCACCCAGAAAAGCUCCCUCAAUGUGCACAUGCGCACCCACCGUGCCGAGCGCACCUUCCAGUGCAACGUGUGCCACCGGGCCUUCACCCACCGCACCUUGCUGGAGCGCCACGCCCUGCAGCACGCCCACCACGCCCCCCAGGGCCAAGGCCAGGGGCGUGGAGCCGACAUGACCUCACCUACCAAGCACAGUCCUCCGGCUCUGGGAGGGCCCUCAGGUAUGGCUGGCGCGGCUGGCAUGGUUGGCAGCAUGGCCAACAUGCCCAGCCACGGAGCUUCCUCCACCUAGAGAGAGUGAGGGGGAGAUACGGGGAAGAGGGGAAGGUCAGUGAACCCAUUCCUUAAAACGAAACUUAUUUGGUCCUAACAGCCUUGUUGAUCUUUUGUUCUGGUGGGGACAGCGCUUUGCAGGUUCCCAUUGUUUUAGCUUAGCGACACCUUCAAUCAGGGUUCCUACACACGGCUGGAAAGGCUCUUUGAAGUUUGAGAGACAUGUAAAUUUAAAAAGUGGUUUUGGAAUUGCACAAAAAUCCUGGAAAAGUUUGUAAAAAUCGUUGUUCCCUCCCUAGAAGCCCGUCUUGAAUAGUUGUAGUCUUACUGUCAUUUCCUGUGUUGUGAUACUUGUUGCUGUGAUGACUAAUCAUAAGCUAUAGAGCGACAUCGCUAACAAUCACACGCCUUGUUGAACAGCCAUUCAGACUCCAGCCAAAAAUGUAUUUUUUCGGUGGAAACAAGUUUUGACUUUUGAAAUAGAGGAUGUGUAGGAACCCUGUUUCAAAGACACCAGAGAGUCACCAAAGAGGUUAGGAAUACAGAGCGGGUUUGGGAGUGGGUGAGGGCGUGGGGAGUCGUGGGGUUUAUAGGUGGAGGUGAGGGUGGGGUGGGGAUUGGGGUUACAAGGAGAUGCAAGUUAGGGGAAAUAAGGGGAAGGCAGGGUUGGUGGGAAGGGAGGGUUGCAGGAUUUUAUUCACCCUCAAUUCGGUUAAUUCAGGUUGAAAAUAGGAGCUCACUCGGUUCAGUUUCACAUCUUUAAGUACAUAAAAUCAAACGUAAACAUAAUUCAGUUUGUUUACAACCCGGUCUGCUUAUUGAAGCACUGUUUAUUCUGAGAUCUCAGCAAAGUGGCUGUGUAAAAUAACCGAUUGAUUUCCAAAACUAUGACAAACAAGAGCCAGUCUGUAACGAAGAACUGGAUUUCCUUUAAAAGUGAAGAGAUAUUUAAUGUAUCUGUAAGUGAGAGCUUAAAUGAUGGCAGCUUGUUACGUGGGCCAUCUUUUAUUAUCUUCCUUCUGGUGCUUUGUAAGUGUAUUGGCUGAUUUCUGGAUUUAAACAUUAUGGCCUCAUUAUGUAACAAGUGAAGCCUUCCAAAUAUUAAAGAAGAAAAUUUUACAAACACCUUUGGAAGGUGAUAAAUUUAGUUAACAUGGUCAGUGUGUUCAACUUUAAAUGAAUUAUUUCAGUAGCGCUAUAGAGCACUCAAAUAUAGACCAUCAAAUUUUUGUUUUGGGUCUUUGUUUUGAGUAGUUUUUAUAUUAUGGUAUGUUUUGUUGAAUUGAAAAUUAGACUUGAAGCGAAUACAUACAAGGUCAAUACUAGAAGGGCACUCUAAGAGCGCUUACCUCCACCCUGCCUGGCAAUGUAAAUGAAAGUAGGGCUGUACCCAAAUAUUAGGAUAUUUGAAUAUUCAUUUUUGUGGGUAGGUAUUCGUUAUGAAAAUUUGGUAUUCGAUUUUUUUUUUUAUUUUUUUAUUUUUAAUUUUACAUAUUUUUACACAUUUUUUGGUGCUAAAUGUAGUCUUUUUGUUGUUGGUAAAUGUAGGUUAUCAGUAAAAAUCAAAACUUUUAAAUUGCGUUGUUAAAAAUGUGAAAAUAUAGUAUGCCAACUGAGCUUGUGCGCACGGCACGCUUGAGCACAUCCGUCUGAGGCUGUGGAUCAAUGCCAAGUUUUACCACUUCAUCACUAUUCCCUCUAACUUGUAGCUGUUUUUUCGUUAUCUUUUGAAUUUAAUAUGAAUUAUGGAACCGUUUUUGUCACCGUCAACAAGUUUCUUUUGGAGUGCGUGACACAAGUGUGUUUUGAAAAUGGCCGUGGACUGUCACCUGCUCAACGCAUCAGUACCUUCGGAUGCCAUGACAGUAAUAGCCAAUAAUGUCAAAAUAUCAUUUACAGACCGAUUUAACAGACGAUCACUGCUGCCCGACCCGCAGGUCCAUUUGCGGGUCCCGCGGGUUACGGGUCGACCCGCGCAUCACUACUCAGCUCAGUCUAUAAGGCUGUACACACAACAGUAAGGCUAUAGACAUUAUAUUCUAUUCAGGCCGGCAGAACCAGCAGCACAUCGGCUCUACAGUGCACGGCACUGCUGAUUAACCAUUUUAUUGCAGCACAGAGUGUCUGCCAGCAACCAAUUACUUGCAGAGGCUUCCUACAACUUGUUUCAACGGUUCUGAUUUAAUCAGAAGACAAAUUAAACAGGAUGACUAGCCAAUGUGAAAAUCAAAAGAAAGCAUAGAAUAAUGUACUGAAGGAGACUGUUGUGCCAUCACAUUUUUUUGUGGUUUGAGAGCAAAGAUCCGGUCGCUGCUGUGCAAAACUCCACAAUAUAAUUAGGUCAGAAAACCCCCCCCGCCGUGAAUGAAUAUUCGUUAUAAAUUCUGCCGAAGGUCCGAAUGUUAAAACAUGGUAUUCAGGACAGCCCUAAAUGAAAGUGAAAAAAAAAAUGUGUGUAUCCACCCCAUUAUUCAGAUCCACCCCAAAAUUUCAUUGGUUCUUUCUUGCCCCACACUUAUACCCAUGUAGCUGGUGGAAUAUUAGGCAUAAGGCACACCUGUAGUCACGUGUGUUCCCUGUCACAUUAUUAUGCUUGUCCUGACUUUCUGUCAUAUAUGUAAUGUUACAAUAUGUGCAGAGAUCGUACUAUAGGGCUGCUACGAAGUCCCUUCUUUAUGCCUUCUUUGCAUUUUUACACAGAACUAUACAGCGGCGCAUCAUGCUGCUCCAGAGUGUGUGAUUUUAGACAGCAUGCUGGCAUUGCAGAAGCAAAAGAGGCGAGACAGGCCUGACAUUUAACACAACGGCGUCAGCCUCUAGUGUGAUAUAUAACAUACGCAUCAAAAGUGUUUUAUAAACAAUAAUACUGGUAUUAACAUGGCAAUAACAAUCAUUUACCAUCCCUGUUAUAUGGCGGCUGAUCUAAUCCUCUGCUCGGAGGGUAAGGAGCUCCUGGACCUCAUCGUUUUCCCAAUUUGAGGCAUUUUCAGCUGCUGUUCUUAUUUUUGAGUUAGCUGCUAACUGCCAUCAGCUACUUUUUAAAUCUCCCGCAGUGGUUUGCACAUAUAACACGUCGCAAAACGUCACACCAGUGCCACCCAUGAUCCUGUCCUGUUGGCUGUCCCUUUUAUACAUACCUCAUUUUGGCGCUGUUACUACCUCUGAUGCUGCCUUAAGGCGAGACAACUCUGUCCCUCCAAUCUGCGAUUGUACCUUUUAUAAAGAACAGUGAGGCAGCAUUAUGACGUGAAAUUCCCACCUCAACGAGGCAGUGUAAAAGGGGAUGUUCAUGUUAAACGUGGCCAAAAGUUCCAAAUAAUGAGGUAAAUGUUUGAAGAAGUAAUCCCUGUGAGUAAAAACCUCAGACCUCAAACCGUUCAGAAUGCUAUCAACAUUUUUUCCAACUUUUGGGACAAGCUGACAUCAGCUUGUGACAGAUUUCUUUAUAUGGUCAUCUACUCCAGUCACGCUACUGCAGGUAUUUACAGUACAUACACUGCUACAUGUAGGUACAAGCUAACAUCAGGCAAACAUGUCAUCUUGGUUUCUGACGUCGAUUUCAGAUCACAUCGCCGUUGGAACAUGACUGGUUGUGCUCAGAAGCUGCUGUUGGUGAAUUUUUAUGGUAGAAAGUCUCGCUAUACUCUGUUAACAAUGAUGGUGCAGAGACGCAGAGAUUUGGAAGACUUGGUAACGUUGACAAAGCAGAGCAGACUGGGCUUUUUUCCCAGGUGGACUUAAAGAGACAGGUGCUAAAACGGAGACAAAGGAUGAAUACAGGUGUUCUCACACAGACAGUAUGACAGGUUUUUUUAAAGGUAAACUAUGCAGGAUUGUUGGUUAGAUUUUUUCCACACACUUGCCAGCGAAAAUGACAAUAAAAGCCAAACCCAGACUAACUCUGUUUGGCAUUAAGCCUCGCUAUAUUCAUGGUUUUUUUUGGCGCUGUAUCUCUUGGACGCCUGCUGCUUAUGGUCUGGCACCUGAUCACUGCGUUUUUAUAAAGCCUGUCUCACCUAAGGUACUGUGGGGUACACACAUAAAUGUCCCAGACACAGACAAUGAGAAGCAAAUAGGAAAAUCCAGGCAGAAGCAGAUUCUGUGCAGACAAAUACACCGCCACUCACUCAGUGCGUUUACAUGACAGUAGAGAAAAUCAAUUUAUUGCGUUAGUCCGACUAAAACCGGACUUUUAAUAUACAUGUAAACAUGUUAGUCUGACUGAAAUCGUACUAAAACGAAUUUCUCAAAGUCACACAAACACACCCAGAUAAUGCAAUUGGGAGUUGAAUAACUGCAUGCAUACAGUCAAUCAGACCCAAACUGGCCGAGGCGUUUCGCACGUGCUCCACAGUGUCCGCCCCAGGCUUUGACCUGGAAGUCGAAUAGCGUUAAAUGCAUAACAGAAGAAGAAGACGGUAACAACAUGGCGAAAUCUGCAUCCAGAGCUGUGAUAAUUUGGAUGGAUGAGGAGACACAGUUCAUGCUGUGUCAGCUGAAAGAGUUAAAUAUUUGAAAAUACAUGGAUGGGAGGAAGAGGGGAGAUUGUUUGGUCUGUGAUGUAAUAGAUCAACUGGAAAAAGGACCAAUAUUAACAAGCUGAAAGGGGGCAUAUCGCCAUCUAUCAUAGCAGAGUCAUCCCCUCCUGUGCGUGUAUACUGGGACAAGGACAGUAGUGCAAUUAAAUGGCCUAGUGGAGCUGUAACUGUGCAUGCUAAUGUACUGACUGAGCCAGAAGUGAUGAUUGAGAGGGAUUUCUAUGUGAUUAUUGUGUGAGUCUAUGCAUUGUUUUUUGGGAAAAUCCUGCAUAGUAUAUCUUAAACAUUGAAGUGAGUAAACAUGUUCAAGUAGAAACCAAAAAUAUAAAUACGAACCUGAGAAUGAGCAUAAUAUGUCCCCUUUAAAGUAAACAAGGAAAAUUUGCCCUUUAAAAGCUCCUAAGCCUUGUUGUUUUCUAAGUUUUCCCAUUUUUUUAAUAUCAAAGAAAAAAGCACUUCCUGAAUUAACUGAAUUGAAAUUGAAUGGAGCCUGGCGCUAUUCACGAGCAAACCAGGGUGACAAAGAGGGUUGUUGAUGAAUGAUUCGAUAAAGAAGGAAAGUAGUCCGAGCAGAGUGAGACUGCAGCAGGGAGGGGAGGGAAGGUGGGAGGGAGGGAGGAGGAGGAGGAGGAGGAGGAGGAGGCGUGAUGCACAGCAGUGUGAAUGAAAUUCACCAUCAUCCAUCAGACAGCUUUGUAACAUUUUCCACAGGCGCCACUGGUCGGCCCCAGGAUCAUAUACCUCGAACCAGGAUGAGCCCCCGGCGGCUCGGAGGGACACUAUUUUCUCAUUUGAAAUGUUUGGGAAACAUUUCAGCAUGUUUUACACUCACACACACACACACCUACAAUUACCUCGGUGGUCCAAAGACAGGCAUUAUGCUUCACAUCUAUUAAGCUACAUCAGACGAAGAAACAGUGAAAACUAAAGCUACCAUAGAUCCGUUUACGUUUUGGAAACUUACGAAAGUACUUCAAUGUAAAAUUCCUGUACAUCGCUAUGACGCUCAGUUUGUUAUUUGUUGCUCAUGUGAUUCUUUGAUGCAGAAAUAAGGCAGAACAUUUAAAAAAAGCAAAAAAAAAAACAAAACAAAAAAAAAAACUUUUAAAGUGAAAGAGCCAUUCAGAGGAAGUUAAACGUUGAAUAAUAACUAUGACAAAUCAAUGAUUUUUAUCAGGAUUUUUAUUGAGUGUUUGGUUGUGUUUGUCUUUUGGGGCUCUGGUUAAUAAUAAAUGGGAAGUGUUUGUUGCUUAAAAAAAACAACUUUAAAGCUUUUCUCGCAGCACUAUAAAAAAAACUUUUUAACGUUUUAGUAAAACUAAAUUAAUCAUGAAAAUGUACAAUCACCCCGACAAGUUUUGACAAAGUCAGACUCGUGAUAAUGUUAAUUAUCACAUUAAUAUUUAUUACAAUUUGAUCUCUAUGCACAAUUAAGUUUGCACAUCAUAUGACUUAGACCUAGAUGUUGUUGUCCCCUAAAAUAUUUGGCCUAAGAUUCUUUUUGUUUCCCUUUUUUCUUUUACACCUAAAAGGUGAUCUUAAAAUGUGUCCCUGCUUUAUUCUCAUUUUCCUUAAUGUUUGUAAGUCGAAGCAUUAUAUGAUAUUCAGUAGUUUACUUAAGCUUUGUAAGAGCCUUUUAAUUGACAUGAUUUCAUAAGUGAACCUCCCUAACAAGUGAGACAUUUUUGAGCUUGUGAACUUUGCGAGGGAUGAGAUAAUUUGACUAAAAUAUCAGCUAAAUCAAGACUUUUUUUUUUUUUUUUUCCAUUUAAGAGAGUGAGUCCAGCAAAGACGUAGAUUCAGAUACUUUGUGUCUGGACUUCACUAUAAAUAUUGACAUUAAAUGUCCCAUUUAAAUGUGGAAAAACUGCUUAUUUACACGGAGCGGGCCUGCCAGCGUGUGUUCAUUGGCCUCUGAACAUUGCAAAAUAAUUUGCAGACUCAGUAGUUUGUUUCGCCAGCGUUGUGGAUGAAAAUAGGUUUUAAAAAAGAGUUUAAGAGAAGCUGGACUGAAACUCCUCCAACUCACUGUUGGUCAUAAGCUAUCUAUUAAAUUUAACGCCAAACCUUUGGUGCUUUUUUUCUUUUGGAAAUAUUUACCUCAUUUGCCAGUUGCCAACACCAUGCUGUGGUCUGGGUUUGGUAAAUAAGCAGUGUUGAGCUGUUUCAGAGGUUUGAUCUAUCCUCAGCAGUGGAAGUGGUUUUGGUGCAUAUUGUCUGAGGCGGACCCUUGUACAGUACUGUAAUAUGUGUGCUUUGAAGCCAUGUCAGCGCAUUGUAACGUACUGUGUUAUGCCUUUUUUUUUUUCUUUUUUGUUCUCUGCUUUUUUGUUUUAUCGGGAGGGAAGUUGAUAAUUGUUUUUCUACAUUAAUAUUUCUUUAACAGAGAUUAAAUAUGUCAGAAGAAGAAACAGUCAUUUUAUAAAAAAAGAAAUCACUUGUCAUCGUAAAACCACAUCUUUUAUGUAUAAAAAGACUAAAGGCAUGAUUUUAACUUUUUCUGAGAACUUAGAUGUCGUACUCAAUAAAUUAAUUGAAUUUUAAAAA